AUGGCGCAAAUGGUGGUUAUGGGUAUGGCUAUGGGAAUGGAUAUGGCUAUGGGAAUGAAUAUGGCUAUGGGAAUGGAUAUGGCCAAGGAAAUGAAUAUGGCAACAGGAAUGGAUAUGGCGACAGGAAUGGAUAUGGCUACGGAAAUGGAUAUGGCUAUGGGAAUGGAUAUGGCUAUGGGUAUCAACCAUAUCUUUCAAACAUUGAUGGCAUUUUGCGGCUUUAGAAAUUUGUUAGAGAGUGGCGCAUAUAAAGCGCUAAAAGAUGCAGGUGCUAGUGCUGCGAUCGGUGGUAUUGCUGGAAUGCUUGGAUAA